UUUUUUUUUUUUUUUUUUGGAAGUGCUACAAGAGUCUUGCUAGAAGUCUCUACAGCUGCAGUGGGAAGGAGAACAGAAGUUGAAAUCUCUACCUGAGCAAUUUGCUACCCGUGUGGAACUGGAACCCUCAGCUGGGAGAGAAAAGGGGACUUUUUUCCCUCCCAUGUGUCUAUUGUCCCCCCUCGCCGUUUAAAAGCGCGUUGUUGGAAAUAUUUUUCAGUUGUGCGAGACUGGAAAUACACGCUCAGGGAUUCAUUUUUUUAAAAAAUCAAUAUCAAAGGCGACAUAAUACUCCUCCGUAAAGCAGGCUUCCUUGAUGAGAUCCUUCUGCUUUUCCUUUCUGCUCAUUAGUGUCACAUUGUCAGUGCGCCUGUCAUUACUGUCCUUUGCCUGAGCCGGCACAAUGAGGUAACAGGCAUUUGCUCUGGAAUGGGAAUCUAAGUUUCCAUCUUUUAAAAUGCUCACAAGGAUGCAGCCCUGAAUUGAUACUCCAUUAUGUUCGUAGCCCAGGAGAGCUAUGAAUUCUGAAAUAUGGAUGCCUCAAACCUAUUUGUAUUUUCAUAUAUUAAAUUUAUAUAGCGUAUAUUCUAGAUAGCUCAGCGGGUAAUGGCACUUGCCACUAAGCUGGACGCUCUGAGGUCAAUCAAUCCCCAGGACCCACGGGGUGGAAGGACAGAAUCAAUUCCUGGGAGUUGUCCUCUGAACUCUACAUGUAUGACAUGGUACACGGAUGCCAAUACACACAUACAGAAAUGUAAUUCUAAAAAAUUUAAAUCCAUAUAUUCUCAUAUGCCUGCGUGUUAAAUAGCCCUAGAUUCUGAAAAAUAGCUGUCGGGAUUGAAUUAAAUUUUUAUUCUAUUUUACAAGAGGAAUCAGAAAAGUAUCUUUGUAGUGAAAAAGUUAAAACCCAGGGACAUGGUGGCCUCACGAGCUGAGGGGAGAGGUUUAACUCAUUUGCUUUGCGAUUUCCACUUCUAAAUGCUUCGAUAGGUUCCUACUCAGGACUUAAUGUUUGACACAAAAUGACCAUUAAUGAGAAGUGAAGCCAUAGGACACUGAGACCAUCAGCUAAAGAGAAUCUGGGGCCAGGAUAUUUGGCAAGUUUUCUUUUGUGCUUAAUAACUAAAGCUUAUGUUUGGAUGAUCAGUUGAUUGGGCUAUAAAAUCCACAUCUCUGGAAUCCAGGUCAGUCUGUUCUUACCGGCUAAGGAAGUGAGGCAGAAAUGCACGUGACGGGCUUGCUGAUAAGCCAGCAGCAGGAGAAAGACUCCGUGGCUCAAAUGAUUUGAAAGGGACAGAGCUGGAGGGGAUCUUAGGUCUAGUUGGGUUUAAACACUGCUAACCAUUUAGUUAUUCUGUAACCCUGUCCUUCUGGGUCCUUUAUAGCUCCAGUGAUUUUAGGUCCAAAAUGACAUGCUGGUGGGUGGAAAUUUUGCUCUCUCCAGAUUAAAAUAAAUCUGUGCGAGCACUGAGGACUACAGAAAAGCAGUUGAGCUUAGAGAGGCCAGGCCCACCCAGCACUCAAGGCUUCAGGAUAUAAAAGAAGUUACACAUCCCCUGCCCAGCUGCAAACAGCUGGACAGUCCAAGGCGAGCAGGUUUUCUGAAGCCAGGGAGAGCACUGUGUGCUGUUCACUUCCAUCACUAACAGCCACUGAGUUAGGAAGCUGUGUGGUCAAAAGGUGAGGUCUGCUUCACAGUGCUGAGUCACAUGACCUGGGAGGCGUUAGACAAAAGCACUUCCUAGGGAGAACUUUCUGGGAAGGAUUUAAUCAAUGGGAAAGAGCCUUCAGAGCAACCUGAUCUCAUUGGAGACAAGUGAACGUAUGUGCACAAUCAUAUGUGAAUGAAUACUCCCACAGACCCUGCGGUUUCCUAGAAACAGAGAGCGGGAGAGCACAGAGCUUUCACAAACACCCUGUUAGGAGGAAAGCCCAGGAGAAGCUCACCCACACAACAAGACUCCUCAGUGAGGACUUAGCUCCGUCCAAGCCCAUAGUGUGCAGAAACUCACAGCCCACAGAGCCUCCAAAUUAACCAGUCUUUCUGUGUGCAGUAACUUCAGGGAAGUCUCAGCCAUUCCAGACAAGUCCAGAGAGACACCCAGAAGACAGUUCUAUUACCCAGCAGAUCUCCUUGUCUAACACAGGGUCAUUAAGCCAGAUCAUGACCCCUUCUGGUCUCUGGCACUUUGGCGAUCACCUGCAAGGGGCUUAUAGUCCCCUUAGAGAAGCAAGUUCCAGGGCAGACGCUGGGAGAGCAACUGAGAGGCUAUUUCAAGGAAGACUUUGGUCAGUUGGUGGCAGUAGAGGUAGAGAAGAAGCAGUUCUGCUGUCUUUCAAGAAUAGAACCAAUGAGAUUUCAUGACAGAUUGAAUGUGGGAAGUAAGAGUCAACAAUGAUGCCAAGGUUUUCGGCUCGAGCAAACAGAAAGUUGCAGUCCUGGAGUUCUCAUGCUGAACUGGAGAUGGAUGGUGGAGGAACAGCUUUCGGAAGACAAGGAGUUAAGUUUUGAAUGGACUGUGCUUUAAAGUUUAAAAAAAAAAAAUCAGGGGUGGUGGUAACACCUUUGAUCCCAGCACUGGGCAGGCAGAGGCAGAGACCUGUGAAUCUCUGUGAGUUCGAUUCCAGCCUGGAAUACAUAGCAAGUUCCGGAACAGUCAGGGAUACACGGAUUGUGAAGAUGUCCAGCCCCAAUCUGAACAUUGUGACCUUGCUGGGCAGUUGUCUGACCUACAGCAGCGCUUACCUUUUCGGGAUUCAGGACGCUCUUGUGGGGAGUUCAGUGGAAGCUCUCAUUCAGACGAGACUGUCCUUGCUGUGCAUCGGGACGACCCUGGUGUUUGGCCCUAUUCUGGGGAAGAGCUGGCGACUCUACAAAGUGUUUACCCAGAGAGUCCCGGACAAGAGAGUGAUUAUCAAAGACCUGCAGUUGCUGGGGUUGGUGGCAGCCCUGGUGGUGGCUGAUGUAAUCCUGCUCGUGACGUGGGUGCUGACGGAUCCCAUCCAGUGCCUCCAGAUCCUUGGUGUCAGCAUGAAGGUGACAGGGAGAGAUGUAUCCUGCUCUUUGACCAACACACAUUUCUGUGCUUCACGGUACUCUGAUGUCUGGAUUGCCCUGGUUUUGGGAUGCAAGGGGCUGCUGCUGCUGUAUGGCGCUUACCUGGCUGGCCUGACCAACCAUGUCAGCUCUCCUCCAGUGAACCAGUCUUUGACCAUCAUGGUCGGAGUCAACCUCCUGCUCCUCACUGCUGGCCUGCUUUUUGUGGUCACCAGAUACUUGCACUCCUGGCCCAAUCUGGUCUUUGGACUCACAUCUGGAGGUAUCUUCGUUUGCACCACCACCGUGAACUGCUGUGUCUUCCUUCCCCAGCUGAGGCAGCGGAAGGCAUUUGAAGGAGAAAACCAAACAAUCAGACACAUGGCCAAAUACUUCAGCACUCCCAGCAAAACCUUCCGCAGCAAGUUCGACGAGGACCAGAGCUGCCACUUGAGAGAUGAGAAGAGCUGCAUGGAGAGGCUCCUCACGGAAAAAAACGCAGUAAUCGAAAGCCUGCAAGAGCAAGUGAGCAAUGCCAAGGAGAAGCUGGUGAAGUUGAUGUCUGCGGAGUGCGCCCUGGACUCCCCAGAGUGGGCCGUCCCAGCUGCAGCCUCUGCCGGUGGACCCGCAGAAUGCCCCGCUACUUCUGAGAAAGAGAGCGGAGCAGCUGCUGAGGACUCCCUACCUGCCUCAGCGGCCUCCCAGCACAUGCAAGGCCCCGGGGCAUCGAGAAGGGACGCCAGUCCCUCUCCAGACCAAAAGUACGACAUGCCUUUGAAACAGUUUUGUGAUCAUUUGGACAUGGGCUGCAGCCAAAAGCCAAAGGCUGAACAAAGCGAGGGUCCUGAAAGAGGAAACCAGGAACCCAUGGCCCCCGGUCAGAGUCUAAUGACAGAUGGAGUGGCUUGUGAACCCCAUAGGCCCAGGCAGAACUCAGAGGUACUCCCGGAGAGGCUACCCCGGGUUAGUUCAGUGGUCAGAGAGAAGCUUCAGGAAGUUCUACAAGAGCUGGACCUGGGCACCGAGGCUCCCCUUUCCCCACUGCCUUGUCCCCAGCAGCCCUGGAAGAGUAACACUUCCGGCAGCCCCCAGAAGCUGUCCCCAUCUAAACUGGGUUUCAGCCCGUAUGUGGUGAGAAGGAGACGGGCAGCCCAGCGGGCUCGCUCACGCAUCCCUGGCUCUGUGGGCCUCAAGAUGGGGCAUCAAGCAAAUAAUACUGUUUCUGGUUCACAAAAUGGGCUUAUUGUACAGAACAGAGACAGCCCCAGGCUGGACCACCACAAUGCAAGGUCCAAGGAACCAAGGUCCUCUUCUGUAAAACCAUCUCCAAUCUCAGCACCUCACCAGAGACGGGGUAGCCUGGAGGGCAGCAAACAGUGUGAGACAGAGCCUCAGGAGGCCAGGGGAUACAGUGUAGCUUUUCCUCGACAACCUUCUGCUUCUGCCCCGGCACAAAGUUCCACUGCCCCAUGCCUAUCCUCUUCACCAGCGCUGCCCAGGCAGCGUCAGCCUCUACCCCUACUGUCCCCUGGCUGUCCUUCCUUGUCUUCUGGGUGCUACAACCUUGACAGUGAGUCUAGCAGCUCAGAUGAGUUCUUCUGCCGCUGCCACAGGCCCUACUGUGAAAUUUGCUUCCAGAGCUCUUUGGACUCCAAUGACAGUGACACUUCAGACAGUGACCUUGAGCAGACUUCAGGAUUGGCCUCCUGGGAAAAGCUGUUGGCCCGCUCCAAGCCUGUUGUGAACUUCAAAGAUGACUUGAAGCCCACACUAGUGUGAAAAGCAGCAAAGGUGGGCUGACCACAGAGGUCAGUCUGGGUCCCCACAGAACCAGGGAUCAUGGGAGGGGAGCUAGAGUUUAGUCUUUAGGGACCAGAUCAGCACUGUGCCUUGACCAGCCUCCACUGUGUUUCGGCUGUGUUCUUACUUACUUUGAAGACCUCUUAAUCUAUGAAAGGAAGGGCGUUCCCCACCCUGCUACUACCUCAGCACUACUGUGAACAACUCUAGCAAGGGCUAAGAACAACUCCUUCAGCUGAGGGUUCUAAAUGAGCGGAUAGGCUUAUCCAUUCAGCUUAGCCUGUUCUUUACGAACCUCCGAUGUGUACCAAGUGCUAGCUGGAGAGAUGAACUGAAAGAUAGAGAGAUAAAUUUCUGCAGAACCACUAUGACCCACCAAACCAGCCUGUCAGCGAACAGACCUUCAGGUAGAUGAGCCUACGCCUUUGUCCCUCAUAGGAAGGGUGACUUGCUUUCUGCUGAAGGCUGUAAGCCUCACUAUGUCAGAGUUUCAGCUUCUGGCUCAAGUUGGCCCAGCAUUCCCCACCCCGUUUCUUCUCCACAGACCGUCAUAGCACCUCACACACCGUGAGCCUCAACAUAAUUUCCUAACGUUCCCACAAGCCUCUCAGAUCGUUCUCCUGGGCUCAGUAGUAACUGGAGCCUGCCCACCCUGCUCUCUCCCAGCGACACAAUGUUCUAAGUCUGUGCUGGGAGACUUACUGGUCAAAAGGUAGUUUUAGUGCUACUGAGGUUACGUGACCACUAAAGAUCCCUAAACCUAGAAAAAAAAUAGGGAAAUGGGAAGAAAUAAAGGGCCAGGCAUGGUGGUACACACCUUCUAUCCCAGCACUCAGGAGCAGAGGCAGGCAGAUCUCUCUGAGUUUGAGACCAACCUGGUCUACAUAGAGUUCCAGACAACCAGGGAUACUAUGUAGAGAGAUCCUGUCUCAAAAAAAAAAAAAAAUCAAGCAAGAAAGAAAACAGGAACAAACAGGUUGUGGGCAUUUCACCAGAGUCUGGCUUGGUACUUGGCAAUACCAAAUUUCAGUAGUUCCUAAUGAUAAUCCUUUGAAAUAGAUACUCUUAUCUCUACAGCUAGAGACCUUGGGGCUUGGAGAAAUGAGGUGAUGGGCUGGAGAGAUGGCUCAGUGGUUAAGAACACUGUCUGCUCUUCCAGAAGUCCUGAGUUCAAAUCCCAGCAACCACAUGGUGGCUCACGACCAUCUGUAAUGAGAUCUGAUGCCCUCGAUCAUAGUACAUGCAGAUAGAGUGCUCAUGUACAUUAAAUAAAUGAAUAAAUCUUUAAAAAAGAAAAAGAAAUAAAUGAAUAAAUUUUUAAAAAGAGAAAGGAAGGAAGAAAGGAAGGAAGGAAGGAAGAAAGAAAGAAAGAAAGAAAGAAAGAAAGAAAGAAAGAAAGAAAUGAGGUACCCAAUUCCCCAAUACCAUACUGCUGCAAAGUGACCAGUGGAGAAUUUGCAUAUGCUGCUGAAACAGGUUGGUUUCAAUAUAUCUCUUUAUUCAUUCUUCUGGAAGUGGCAAUCAAGAUCAAAGAGAUAGGACAACUGAACCAAGGCAGAGCAAGCUGGUAAGAUGUCCCUAGAGGAGAAAACCCCUCUUUUCCCACAGCUGGGGCAUGCCUGCAGUUCCAGGGGGAGCCAUGGAGUUGGUGAAGUGUGAGCUCCAGGAACUCACUCACUAAACCUCCUACACUCACUAAGGCUGCAGGACAGACAUUUAGGUUCACUUCAAUUAUUGCCUAACUUGUCACCUGCUGCCCACAUCGCAUCUGCACUGUGUGUAGAUUUUGCGAAGGAGUUUGGGUUCCAGAGAAGGCAUUUGGCACUAAACACCUCACAGACAUUUCAUGGACCCUCAGGUCUGCUGACACCUCCUGGGUCAGGUGCUUAGCCAUGGUGGCCCUGCUGGUAGGACAGCAUCUUCUGCCGUCUACUGUUCAAUACGAAUUUCAUAAUUUAUUCUGUGUGUAUGCGCUGGGGAGUGUAGUUUCAGUGUGUGUUGUUUGUAUGAUGACCACAAGUAUCUUAAUAAAAGAGAAAUGAUUGUCAAAA